AUGCGAGGCUUCUUCCUUAGUGACGAAGAGCUGGGCAAAAAGGAUGACGACCACAAGCCUUUUAAGAAUGGCGGUGGAUUGCGACAACCGAAUUGGAACCCAGCCCGAGUCCCUCCGCGACGGUCCCUCAAACGUAUAGCUCUAGUGCUCGUCGUAGCUUCGAUCGUCUACCUCUUCAUUAAGAAUAUCCCGGUACUCGGUCCCAAUGCGCAAAUGCGCCGUCCUAGUUAUACCUAUCCAGACUUCUCUACGACUCUUCCCAGGCAUCCUGCCUCCGACCGAUCCCAAGCCGCCCCGCCCAAACCCCAAGCUCUAGCGACCACACCUGAGCGCAUAUUCAAUGGACCUGUCAGGUUUCUUGAGCUUGCCCCGACAUUGCACGGUAUCAGUGGCACAAGGGGGAACAUGGUGAUAAAUAGAAAUGUUCUCUUCGCAGCCUCAAGCCUCAGGAGCGCCGCGACGCUAUUACCGAUCGCCUGCCAGAUGGGAAGCGACUUGAAGAGCUAUGUGCAUUUUGCUCUGAUGAGUCGGAGCGAUAUCGACAUACAGGAGCUACGAAAAGUCAAUGGCAUUGACGACUCGUGCCAGAUUAUAUUUCAUGAUGCGCGCCCAGACUAUCCACAGAUAUCGACUGAUGAUCGGAUGGAAACUGCUGUGUUUCGUGCAUUUCAUCAUAUUUUCAAUUAUAUGCACCCUCAGGCUAUUUUCAUAGAUGGUUCAAUUGACGAAGAAACAUUCUUCCUGCGGGCCGCACAGCAGCACUCAAAGGCAAAGAAGAAUACUCUAAUUGAGUUACCGCGUAGAUCAGCAAAGAGGCUUGAGUGGUUAACAAAGCUAGAUAGUCAGGCCUUGCGCAUGUGGCACAAAAUCCAUAUUGAUAUCCUUAUCCAUGCUAUACCAGGGGCAUCGGGAAGUUUAAUUAGACUUCUUAGGUCUCUAAGCGCAGCGGACUAUACUUCGAGUUCCGUUCCUCAUCUCACUAUCGAACUUCCUCACGAUAUUGAUCCUCCGACUAAGCGCUUCCUCGAAACAUUCACGUGGCCACCCGCUCAUGUAUAUAAUCCAACUAACGCACGUUAUCUUUCGCUUAGACAUCGUAUCCCUCACCAGAGAAUGAACGAGGAGGAAAGUUCAGCCAGGUUUCUUGAAUCUUUCUGGCCAGCCCAGCCGGAAUACUCACACAUAUUAGUGCUCUCUCCACAAGUUGAAUUAUCACCUGAUUUCUUCCACUACUUGAAAUAUUCCCUUUUAGAAUAUAGAUAUUCGGCCGUUUCUACAUAUCAGCACUGGGAUCGCCGGCUCUUUGGUAUUAGCCUUGAGCAACCAAAUCAAUUGCUGGAUGGGAAGGGGGCAUUUACUCCGCCUUCGCUGCUAAAAAGUACCAAUUCGGGAGACCCAUCAGAUGAAGAGAUCUCAACCUCAUUCCUCUGGCAGGCGCCCACUAGCAAUGCAGUGCUUUUCCUGGGUGAAAGGUGGAUGGAGCUUCAUGACUUCGUUUCCAGGUCAUUAGAAGCCAAACAAGAAUCAGACCCCGUCCCAGCGCUCCUUUCGGAAAAGAUCGUGAGCACGCAGUAUCCGUCUUGGCUGGAACAUGCCUUGAGAUUGGCCCGAGCACGGGGCUAUUGGAUGCUAUAUCCUGGUGACGACACUGCUAGGAACCUGGCAACUGUCCACAGCGAAUUGAACCAUCUGCCGGAGGAGUACGCAAGUCAUGAAAGCUCGAAGCCGCUCCUUGCGGAUGACGCGAGCGAAGAAGAGAUUGAGAACGUUAGGCAGAAGAUCCGGACGGGUAUAGAGACACCUCUUGCCCCAGUAUCCCUUCUUGAUAGUCUUCCCAACAAGGGGAACCUUCGCCCGUUUAACGACUUGCCCAUAGUAACGUGGAACGGCCGGUCAACGGACCUCGAAGAAUUAGAUGCACUCUCUGCCAAGUAUUCGGCGGAGUUCAGAGAGAAAGUCGGUGGUUGUGGUACGGAACCGGGAAAGAAGGAAGAAAGGGAGCCCCUAUCAGCACAAGAUAUGUUCUGCUCGACGGAUUAA